AGCCCACAUCGCUCUAGUUGAGCACUUUAAUACUCGAGGAUCGCAAAAAGUACUACGUACACUACAUCGAAGCAACAUCACUACAGCAGCUUUUUUGCAACCAGUUACUCACUCAGCCAUCUCUCCUUGAUCACCAUGACGUCCCUACGUACGGUUUUCGCCGUUCUCUCCUCUCUGCACUUUGUUGUGCAGCACUUCUGCCUGAUGACUUCUACGGGCGUGGUGCACGUGCAGGGACUGCAU